AUGUCUUCAACUGCUAUUUCUAUCUCGGCUACGGCCACUGCCACGGCAAUCACCAACGCCAAUGUUGCUGCCAACAUUCUUGUGAUUGCCAAGGACACUGCUUCCGCUGAUGUUGCUUCUUCCGGCCUCAACUCCUAUGGUAUUCCUUUCACCACCCUUAUUGUUCCCCAGGCUGGUGUUGCUCUGCCUGCUCUGAACUCCAGCUCCGGUGGAAACUUCGGCGGUAUCGUUGUUGCUUCUGAGGUCAGCUAUGACUACGGCGCUACCGGUUACCAGAGUGCCUUGACCACCGACCAGUGGAACCAGCUGUAUGCCUACCAGCUCGCAUACAGUGUUCGUAUGGUCCAAUAUGAUGUUUAUCCCGGUCCCAACUACGGUGCUUCUGCCAUUGGCGGUGGAUGCUGUGACACUGGUGUCGAGCAGGACAUCUCUUUCACCGACGUCAGCGAUUUCCCCACCUCUGGACUGCGCACCGGAGCUGGUGUCAGCACUUCUGGUCUCUGGCACUACCCGGCUACUAUCAGCAACACCACCUCCACCAAGCAAAUUGCUAGCUUCGCUGCCAACUCUGUUGUCACAAGUGACUCUGUUGCUGCUGUCAUCAACGACUUUGAUGGCCGUCAGCAGCUGGCUUUCUUCAUCUCGUUUGACACCACCUGGAGUGCUACUUCCAACUACCUGCAGCAUGCCUGGAUUACCUGGAUUACCCGUGGACUGUACGCCGGAUAUCGUCGUGUCAACUUGAACACUCAGAUUGACGACAUGUUCCUCGAGACCGAUAUUUACUACCCCAGUGGAAACACCUUCCGUAUCACCACCGCAGACAUGGAUGGCGUCCGUGACUGGAUCCCUACUAUUCUCGCAAAGAUGAACGCUGGUAGUAUCUAUUUCCCCGAGGUCGGUCACAACGGAAAUGGUAACAUCGAGAACUCCUCAAGCACCGACUCUGGUGCCAGCAAAUGCAACAAUGGUGCUAUUGAAUACGAUUCCCCUCCGGACACUGCUCUUGAGUUCCAGAAGCCUCUGGGCUCUGGUACCAACUUGUGGCCCGCUACCCCGACUGCUUAUGACUGGACCACUACCUGCAACAAGCUGGACCCUCUUCUGAACUGGUGGACCACCACUGCCAACCUGAACAGCUUUGGCUCCAUCUCUCACACUUUCACCCACGAGGAGCAGAACAACGCCACCUACUUUGAUGUGAACAACGAGAUCAGCUUCAACCAGGCCUGGCUCAAGGCUGUUGGUAUUGACCAGAGCACUCACUACACUGCCAACGGUAUCAUUCCUCCCGCCAUCACCGGUCUCCACAACGGAGAUGCUCUUCAGGCUUGGUGGGACAACGGUAUCACGAACUGUGUCGGUGAUAACACCCGCCCUGCCCUCCUCAACACCGAGAACUCCAUGUGGCCUUACUUCACUGUGACUUCUACCGAUGGUUUCAAUGGCAUGCAGGUCAACCCCCGCUGGGCCACUCGCAUCUAUUACAACUGCGAUACCCCGGCCUGCACCCUGCAGGAGUGGAUCGAUACCUCCGCCGGUAGUGGAACCUUCGAAGACCUGCUCGCCACUGAGAAGGCCGAUACCAUGCGCCAUCUGUUCGGUCUUCAUCACGACGGUUACAUGUUCCACCAGGCCAACCUCAAGAACGUCGGCAAUGAUCCUAUUACCGUUAAUGGCGUGUCUGGACAGUACUCUAUCUUCCAGGCUUGGGUUGAGACCCAGGUUGCUGAGUUCGUUCGCCUGGUCAAGUGGCCCCUGAUCACACUCAAGCACGCCGAUAUGUCCGCCUCGUUCCUGGCUCGUUUCAACCGUGAUAAGUGUGGCUACUCGCUGAGCUACACCAUCGCCAACAAGAAGAUCACUGGUGUCACUGUCUCUGCUACCGACAGCAGCUGCAGCAGCCCCAUCCCAGUGACCUUCCCCAGUGCUCCUAGCGACGCCAAGGGCUUCACCGUUGAGCAGGUCGGCAGUGAUCCUACCACUGUCUGGGUCCAGCUCUCCGGCUCCCCUGUCUCGUUCACUCUCAGCUCCCCUAUUUCUCUGUAA